AAACCGGGAAUCAGCAACAUUCCCAGGCUGCAAGGGGUCAGUCGGAUUGCCAAAUUCACCAGCAAAACCUGAGUCUGGGGCGAGGGAAGACUAAAACAAACAAGCAACAUUUAAAAAAAAAACUAAAAAAAACUCUACACGCUCCGAGAAAAUAAGAGUGCGGAGAGCCAAAAAUGUGUUAACUAACUUGCUCCAUCGCCGAGAGAGUGGUGAGGAUCGAGAGAAAAUAAAAACCCUGUGGGAUUUUCAAAUCUUCAGUCAGAUUUAAGGCGGGAGCGUUUGUCAAAUUGGAAGUGACGGACCCGCUCCUUUUGCCCCUGUCCAUCCCUAACACUGGAUAUAUGCGAGAGCCGAGUGAGAGGCAGCACUUCAGAGAGAGCAAGCCAGGAUGAGGUAUCCCGUUCAUCAUCCGCUCCUUCUCGUUCUACUUCAAUGCUUCCUUCACACGAUCACCUCUCGUGAGAAUCAUUUUGGAAGAACUUUGGAACUUCUGGAACUAAGGAACAAGGCAGCAGGACAAACACUUGCUGAUAAUUUGGCUGAUCCACAGAGAGUAAAUCCAUUGCGGCUCUUUGUGAAGGAAAGUCCCAAACCGAAACAGGACAUCACUGAUAUUUCACGUAUUAAAGCUUCAAAUGACUUAUGGGCAUGGUUAAACAACCUAACGGAUAUUCAGGAAUCCCACUCACGGACCAAACGCAGACCCAUUGUUAAAACAGGAAAAUUCAAGAAAAUGUUUGGGUGGGGAGACUUCCAUUCCAACAUCAAAACAGUUAAAUUGAAUCUUCUCAUUACUGGGAAGAUAGUUGACCAUGGGAAUGGGACUUUCAGUGUUUACUUUAGACACAACUCAACUGGUCUUGGGAAUGUAUCUGUAAGCCUGGUUCCACCAUCCAAGGUCGUGGAAUUUGACUUCUCCCAGCAGUCAACAACGGAGACCAAGGAGUCCAAAACAUUCAACUGUCGAAUUGAGUAUGAGAAAACAGACAGAGCAAAGAAGACCGCACUAUGUAAUUAUGAUCCUUCAAAGAUAUGCUAUCAGGAGCAGACCCAAAGUCAUGUUUCCUGGUUAUGUUCCAAACCAUUCAAGGUUAUAUGCAUAUAUAUAGCUUUCUACAGUGUAGAUUAUAAACUUGUGCAGAAAGUUUGCCCCGAUUACAACUAUCAUAGUGAAACCCCUUAUUAUUCAUCUGGUUAACAGAAUAUCCAUGGGCUUGUGUUAUGUGAAGACCACCCCUCUGUAUGUAACUUAUUUAUACAUAGUCAAUGUCAUGGAAUAAUAAUGAUAGUAAAUGCUUAAGACAGGCACAUCUGGUUUGAUGCAGCUGUUACCCCAAAGGGAGCACCUGAUGGUGUAAAUGCAUGAUGAGCAUUUGUAAAAUGAAGAGACUGUUAUUAGCAGUCCUCACAGCAAGAACAAAAUUAAAAUAAUAUGCAGUUAUAAAAAUAAUAAACUUUAUCUUUGAAACUUCAGCCUAAGGCUAAACUGCAUAUUUAUAUUUCAACCACUGCUCCCUAUACAAGAAUGAGCAAUUUUCUAAAUGUCAAAUUUGCACAUUAAUUGAAGAAUGCAGUCUUUAUAGUUUAUUUUCCCCCCUGGGGGAAAUAAAGAAACAUGCAAGGUAGAUUCGUCAACUAGCCAAAACAUAACAUAACAAUGUAAGAGAAAAAUGACUGAACACAUUUUAAUGUAUAAUAUAGUGUGUUUUGUAAAUGUAGUCCUGUAAAAUUGUUUCUUUACAAAAGUCUGUUUGUGUCAAUGAAAUAUUCAAAUUGGAAAUAAAUUAGAGGACACAAGGAAAGCAACUUAGUAAACCAAUACUCUGUUCUCCAUUUGUUGUGCAAUCCUUCAAUAAAAUGUCACAUGGCUUCAUCUCAACAUGUCUUCGU